AUGAGUAAACUUCAAGAAAUUACAUUAUCAUUAUUAAAUCAAUUGAAUAAUAAUAACAACGAAAAUGGAGAAUUAAUCAUAUCGAAUCUAACUGAAUUGCUUUUAUUAUCUAAAGAAUUAAGCUCAAGAGAAUAUAUUGGAAAUGAAACAAAUACUAUAAAUUUGUUGAUAAAGAGUUUGAUGAUAGAUGUUGAUGGUGUUGUUUCAAAUAAACAAAAGCUACUAUCACUUAGAUUACUAAGAAAUCUAUGUGCGCAUCUACCCUUGAAUCAAGAGCGUAUUCUCAGCGAUGAUAACACUGCACAAUGGUUGUUGGCACAACUACAAGCAACGACCGACAAUGAAAAUGACAUCGUUUUCAUAGCCAUCAUGCAACUCCUAAUCAAUACAAUCGCCUCCAAUCAAAACACCCAAACAACACUCUGGAGAAAUCUAUUCAAAGUUAAUGUAAUAGACUUGCUAUUAAAGAAUAAUAAGGAUAAUGCAAAUAGAUUACAAUUGGUUCAUAUGUUGAUUUAUAAUUUGAUUUUGAAUUCAACAGAGAGAAUCGAUGACUUGGUGGUGGUGAAUAGCGCACUUGGAAAGUCUGUUUUAGAAGAAGUGCUUUGCACGAUAGAGAGAUUCGAUCAGGACACUGAUGAACACGACCAGCUAUUCCACUGGAGUUAUCUCAUCUUCAAGUGUCUCUAUCAAGCAGAGAAGUUCGUAGAUCUCUACAAACUGUUCGGUGACGAGAACUUUGCCAUUACCACACCACAACUCAAAGACAUUCGUAAUCAUCCAAUAUUCCAAGGUCAAAUAUCAUCCAAUGACAAUGAGAAUGAUACGAAUAACAACAACAACAACAAUGAUGAUGAUGACAAUCCAAUAGGAAGUAAUGAUCGUGAUGAAGAAGAAGAACCAGAUCAUUUAGAGGGAAGAUCAAAUAAGUAUCAAAUUAGUUUGUUGAAUUUACUUGAUGCUAUGGUUAACAAGCAAAAGAAUGUAAAGGACUUUGUACCGGACUGUGAUGCCGUCAUCAGUGUGAAGUGUUGUGAAUACUUGGUGUCGGAGCUGUCCAUUCUCUAUAAUAUCGACUUUAAGAAAAAGUCAGAGUUGACCUCGACGAUGACCAGAUUGAACGAGCAUGACUUUGGUGCGAUCUACUUUAUCUUUAAGAUAUUCGCAAAUGUCACUUGCUACACCGAUGAGAUGCUUCAGAUAGUGCCGCAGCUACAUGCAUUCAAGCAGGAAGACCUGAACACUAUGCUCCGAAAGAAGGGUCUCAUUGCCAUCUGCGUUGGUACUCUCCACAGCAACCCGGAGAUCGAUCACAGUCUGAGAUCACAGACAUCCGAUCCCGACACCAAGUCGAAAGACAAAGGUUUCAAAGUAGAGAUUAUCAAGAUCCUUGGAAAUCUUGCAUUCAGAAACAAGAGAAAUCAAGAUGAGGUAUGUUUUAAUAACAAACAAAAAGAUAACAAUAACAAUAACAAUUAG